UAAUGUACUUGCUGAGAUAUUAUCAUUAUCGUCAUCACAUAUGUCUCAAGUCCCUCAAAAUGUUCCAGACAAGAUUAUCAUCUGAGACCAGAUGGCCUAGAGCAUUCAUCACUGAACAUGGACUAAAAGAAACAAGGACUUCUAACUUCUGAUUGGUCAGAACUGAAGCCUUUGGAGACCUCCUUACAGGGGUAUAAAAGGACCAACACUGGACUGUUUUUGGAAUGCUUAUGUACAACUUUGUCAUACGUGAGUGUCAUUCCCCGCUCUGAUAAACCUUAUCUGAUUUCUUUAUCUCACAAGUCUAGGUGGCAUUAUUUUGUGCAGAAGAUUUCCUCGGUUAAUAAAGAGACUGGUUGCCUGACAUUUUGGUGCCCCAUGUGAGGAAGAAGAUUACAGCCUUGAGUUGUACCCUACAUAAGAAACAAGUGACCAAUUCUAUCAAAUUUCUACUGGCCAGUCAUGCUCGGCCUCUGGAUCAUCUUCACCCUCUGUUUCAGUGGGGUGCAAAGUCAGUUCCCAAGGGUCUGCACUUCAAAAGAAGCUCUUCAGACAAAGAUUUGCUGCCCAGCAUGGACAGAUGGAAGUGCUUGUGGUGUCCGUUCAGGUCGUGGUCGGUGCCGUAAUGGUGUAGCAUUUAGUUCAUUCGCAGCUGGUCAGGUUCCCCUGUAUAAUGAUGAUCGGCUGGACUGGCCACGACACUAUUAUGACAGGACCUGCGAGUGCUUUGGAAACUACGGUGGCUUCAAUUGUGGCUAUUGCAAAUAUGGUUACCAUGGUGAUAAAUGUGAUCGGAAAAAGACUGUGGUUCGAAGAGACAUUCGGGAACUUACCUUGGUAGAGAGGAAAAGGAUCUUCAGUUACUUGGCUCUUGCUAAGACAACCAAAAGCAAGGACUUUGUGGUGCUCACCACCGGAGACAGACACCACCGUGACACAUUUACAUUUGUGGAUGCUUCAGUCUAUGAUCUGUUUGCUUGGAUCCAUUAUUACUCCAUGAAGCCAAUUAUGAGGAACAGCACAUUAAAUCCAAGUAAAACCUAUGCCCACCAAGGUCCUGCUUUUCCAGGGUGGCAUCGCCUGGGACUCUUGUUCUUGGAGAGAGAAAUUCAGCGCAUGACUGGAGAUGAAGACUUUGCUCUUCCAUAUUAUGAUUGGAGAGGAGAGAAGAAUUGCUCCAUCUGUACCAACGAUUUCCUAGGGGAUAAUGAUGUGCAGGGUUACCUGAGCCCUUAUUCCCAUUUCUACAGUUGGAGGUCCAUUUGCAGUGGUUUUAAUUACCCAGAUGCCUACUGCCCGGUGGCUGCUGAGGAAUAUCAGAUGGAAAGACUACAUAGAAAACCAGGGGCAGACCCUCUGGCUAACACAUUUCCUUCAUUCCAAGAUGUGGCGGACACACUGAAGUGGAGGGACUUUGACACCUCUCCUUAUGACCGCACAGCAAGAAUGAGCUUCCGCAAUGUGCUUGAAGGUUUUAUGAAUCCAUUAGAUGGAGUAACAUCGGAGCUGAACAUGCACAACCUAGUUCAUCUGUACUUGGGAGGAACCAUGUCCCAAGUGGCCAUCUCCAGUAACGACCCAAUAUUUGUGCUGCAUCAUAACUUCAUUGACAAAAUAUAUGAAGUUUGGAUACAAAAAUACAAUGGAGCUCCAAAUUUAUAUCCUGAUAACAAAGAGCCUGGUCAGGGUCCAAAUGAGUGUUCCACCCCGUACUUUCCAUGUUGGAGGAACAAGGAUCUCCUUAAGAAGUCUACAGAUUUUGGAUACACAUUUUCUAAAUAUCAGGGCUUGUAGGGGAGGGGAUCAUAUUCUUGGCUCCAUGAUGUUCUGCCUGAUACUGCCUUGUGUCUCCAAGCAUUACCCAAACCAAUGCUUAAUAGCUCAUUAAGAACACCAUCAUCUUCUAUGGGGUUUCUUUAGAUUUACAGGGCCUUUUUGUCUGUUCUUUUAUAAUUAUCACUUCUGUUUGGGCUCAAAGCUUUACCUCUCCCCUAUUCUUUGGAUUGUCACUUUCAUACCUGCCCCUAAUGGCACAGUCACAAUAUUAUUCCCCCACCAAAAAAGGCUACGAGUGAUGGGUUAGACUUAUUCUACCUCAAUUGUGUCCUACCUUUUAAAAAGAGUGUUACCUAAUGUUAAUGACAGUGUGAUUCAGUGCAUAAGACUAAUUGUGUAUCCAAGUGCUGCGCCCACUCAUAGUGCCAAUAAUGCGACACACUAAAGAACUGCCUGCCAUUGGCACAAUCAUUCUCUGUGGCUGUAAAGAUACAAUGACAAAAUGAAAUGUAGAAGAAUAAUAUAUAUAUAUAUAUAUAUAUAUAUAUAAAGCUCUACCCAUAUCUUUCUCUUUGACAUGGAUCUGUGGAAUCAUUCAGGUACCAAAGUGGAGAUCGUUUAUGAAUGUGGGUCACUCAACCCCCAAAUGAUUUUUAAGGAAGACUCAUGAGUUCCAUAGAAAGAGAAACAACAUGGCCAGUACAUUGUUUCAUUUAAGUAUAAGUUUAGAGUUUCUAUACAUAACCCAUGGCCCAGCCUCUAGUUGGGCAGAAACCUGUGGGUCAGGUGGGCUUGGGAUGGCCUAUUGCCCCAGAGGCAGGUGGCAGAUGAGCGGGGUGCAGUAUUUGCUGCCAACCCAGCUUCUUCCCAACUACUCUGGUCUAUGGCAGUCCCACUACUGACAGGGCAGCACUAAUUUAUAUACAAGGGCUCACCCAGUUUAUGUGGGUAUCAGGGGAGCUGCGCCAAUGAGGUGAGUUGAGAUACUUGUCUCAGGUGGCAAAAGUGCGACUCCUGGUAACUUUAAGAGCUGAAUUUCCAGUGUCAGUGCGUUUCUCUGCGCUAGGAUUGUGGACCCCCUGCCAUGGUGAGUAUAUAUUACUGUAGAACUUUAUAUAUAUAUAUAUCUGGUUCAGAAGGCUGGGUCACUCUUGGGUUGGGUUAGGGCAGGUAAGGGACACUGAGGGCCCACACAUCACUGUAACAGUUUUGCUUUAAGUCUUCUGGUUUUAUUGAUAACAUGUUAAACAUAUGUAUAACAUUGUAUUUCCAUAAUUAGCUGCUGCAAAAGAUUCAAUAAAUACAUUAUAACUUUGAA